GUCUCAACGAGUCGAUAGGGCAACAAGGAGAAUAGACUGUCAUUUUGAAUACAUAAGUCACUAGCCUCUCCCCCUCUCUUUCCUGCUGUGAAGGGUUAAACGCAAACACUAUUUCUUCGUGUCCUCUGUCUCCCCCGAGUCGUUGGUCUUCACCUCGUCGAAGGGACAGAUUCCUCUCAGCAUGGCACCGCUGGCGCUCACGCGCGCCGUGUACGCGCUUCUGCCACUGGCCAGCAUCGCAGUGGCUGCAUUCGUCUUCCACGAGUCGAUUCUCAGAGGCCAUGUGGUAAGUUCCCAUGACCUGAGGAUUGCCGGAUGGCAGUGUCCAUGGUUGUUGAGCAGGCACUGAGCGUAGAUGUCUUCCCCCCGCUACCUUGGGUCCUGCGCGCGCUGGAACUCCAGGCAGAAGCAUUCCAAAAACAGCAAGCCUUUUGCAGUGUGCCUGGGCGUCAACGUCUGCCAAGCGACUUGACGCGCAACCUCAUCCCUCCUCUGGACAACUUCCUCUGCCUCGUCAUUCCUGCCGCAAGAGCAGCAGUAGCGUCCGAGACGCGUCUCGGCUUUCAGUCGUUGGGAUAUGCGGUCAUCAUACCCUUGUUCUAUCGCCUCAGUCAACUAGCCAUUAGCCCAAAUUUCAGCAACUUCGUCUUUGUCGGCGGUGUCCUACCCCUCGUUUCCAUCUUUCUAACACCCGUGCUGGGACCGGGCGUCGUUGCGGCUGGCAUCAUCGUGCCGCUGUAUACGCUAGGCAUGGCUCUGCAGCUAAGGAACAAGAUCGCGGACGUCAACCCGCUGCCUGUUACGCCUUCCGCUAUCUACAGCGUCAACAUCUGCACCUUGUCUCUCGUCUUCCUUAUCUUCCUUGUCUACUCCCUCGACCCGACGUGGGCCACUGACUCUGGCCGCUCCAACUGGCUUGCAGCAGCCAUUUUAUUCUCCCUCUGGCCUUUGUACACGGGCUUCACGGUGUCGCGCGCCGCCUUCUCGCGCAAUGCUCCUGCCGACGAGCAGCAGGCGAGAGCCAUGAUCAGGGAAGUUGACGCUGAUACUAUCAGUUACGGCUUUGAACGUAUUUGGGGGUACUACCGACGGCUCGCUCUCGUCGGCCUCGGACUCUGGUACUUUGGCCUGAUUAGGAUGUACAUGCUCCUCUCGGACCUGCACUCACAGACGUCCAUGUUCGAGUCGCUCCGAUCCGGCCAAUUCUACUCCGUCAUCCGAUCAGGCAAGGCGCGCAUAACUGGUAAACAAGUCAUCGGACAGGAAGAAUACAGCAUGGCGCUCAACGUCGCCGCGCUCAUCUUCAGCGCAUUUGUGAUUUUGCUCAUCGAGCGCCUGAGCAUCCGCAGCGUAUCCGUUCCGUCCUCUUCGAUUCCUGCUAAGCGUGGAGCAAAGGCAGGUGGCGCCAGCGCACCUGCAGAGCCAGAGGCGGAGGCGGCGGGUGUCGCGAUCCACCCGCUGACCGGUGCACCGCGCUCGGCGCUCGACACGGAAUGUCAGCGCGCUAUUGCAGGCGCACCAGCCGGGUUACCAGCAGCUGAGAUCGGCUGGGGCAUCCUCGCCAGCUGCCUACUGGGCGGGCCAGGCUUUGGGCUCCUGCUCUGGUGGUCCCGGGGCGAGGAGGAGAUGGGCUGGAAGGCGAGACGCGCUUGGAGGCAAGUCGUUGCUGUCGAAGGCAAGGAGUGAGGGCUGCAUCCGAAAUGUUAUACGAUCUUGGCGUAAGGACGGGUGUGACGUGCGCGUGCGGCACCAUGCUCGCGCUCCCACUUCGCAAUGCCAAGGGCGUGAGGCUGAGUGGAAGCAUAAAACCAAUCACGUGCAAAUGAAUUCGAUACCAUGCAUGCAUUGAAGGACGAUGAAUGUGGUGCAAGUUAGCGGGACAAGCGCAAGUAGAUAGAUCAUGCACGAUUGGUUGUCGA